ACACACAACACAAUCUCCAAGUUCUGCUCUGUCAUCCAUUCAAAAAAUCAAACCCUCUUUUUUACUAUGCAAAGCCAAGCACUCCUGACAUUUUAACAGUCUCAACCAUAACAAUUUUUAUUUUAUUUUUCUCCUAAACUAAACCUAAACCUUCUUGUUGUUGUCUUUUCAAUAAUAUAUAUAUUUUCUUUUCUUUCCUUCUCUCACAGUUUUCAAAAACUCUCUUUUCCUUUUUCUCUCUAUGACCCAGAAGACAGUCCACUCUUCAUCAACCAGGGCCACAACAGCCAAGGGGUCCAUAGAGACAAAGCUCUGCUAAUUAAUCAAAAUCCCACCUUUGUUUCUUUGCAUUUGUAGAAAAAGAAGAAAAAAAAAACACAGAAAGAAGAAAGUAGUGUAGUAGUAGUAGUUGUAGUAGUCAUCAAUGGAGUUUUCAAUUUCAUACCUCAUCAUCUUGCUCUCUAUUCUUCUCUCUUUACUCUCCCAAACUUGUCAAUCCACAAAAAUACUUGUUGAUGGAGUUUCUGAGUGGAAGGACCCCACUGUUCAUGUGGGAGAUUCUGUUAUUUUCAAGCACAAAUAUCACUACAAGCUCUACAUUUUCCAGAAUGAAAAAGCCUUCAAUCUCUGUAAUUUCACUCAAGCCACACUUCUAAGCAAACCCAAUGCCACUUCUUACAUGUGGUACCCAUCUCGCUCUGGUUUCUUCUACUUCACUUUCAACAAUGGCUCUCUCAGUAGUACCUGCCAAGGCUCCAAAAAGCUCGCCGUGAAAGUGACUUCUUCACCGGAAAGAUCUGCCAUUUCCCCGAAACUUCCUCCGAUGAAGGCUCCGGCACCAAGCUCAGGUGGAGUAGUGUCAUCAUCUCCGACUUAUCCGUGGCCGUUUCGCCCCAAAGAAGCUGCCUCUCCGGCGCCGGGACCUUACGCAACAUCUCCGGCGGUUAUUCCGUCGUUAGUGCCGGACAAAGGAGGCGGUAUUCCGUUUAUUAACAGUAAUCCGGCGGUUCCUCUGCCCACCGGAGAAGUUGACUCUGCUACUAUUCGACCUUUACCCAUGUCCAGCCAUGGAGGCCAGGUGAUGAUGGGGUGUUUUGGAGUACAAAUGGCUAUGUUAUGUAUGGUUCUUUUAUUGCUGUAAAAAGGGGUUUUCUUUUUCUUUUUGUGUAAUAUUUUAUUUGAAUGAGAGAAAGAGAGAGAGAGGAAUGGUAGUAAUAGUUAUUUGGUGGAUUAGAGGUCUAAAGUAGCUUUAAGAGUGAUGAUUAUAACAUAUGUAAUGUAUUAUUUGUAAUGCUCUUAGACCCUACUUUGGAAUCAUUGGACACUUUUGAUCCUUUA